AUGUCGGCCGCGAGCGAGAGCUUGCUGACUGGCAUCGCCUGCGAGACCGCCCUCGACUUUCUAGGGACUGUACGCUUUUAUGCUGAUCCGCCGGGGUCGAGCAACAUCUCUGCGCUCGACCGACUCAUCUUCGAACACCACCCUCACUCGAGCGAGUCCUCCAGCCUCAACAGGGGCGAUGUCAUCGAGCUGCAAGGGCCAGCAGGCUCCGGCAAGACCCAGCUGACCUAUUUCCUUGCUCUGACUACAAUCUUGCCAUUCACCUGGGCGGUUUCGCUUGCCAAUCCCGCGAGCACUCGACCGCCCAGGGUAGACACCAUCACUUUGGGCGGCAGGAACAGAUCAGUCGCCGUCUUUGACGUCGACAAGCGCUGGUCUGCCUUGCGUCUCAAGGAGAUGGUUCGCGCGCACCUCAAGCGACGCAUAGAUGCACAUUGCGAUCUCAUACCUACCCUCUACAACGCCAGGGCCUCGUCUGACGCCACAGAGGCAAUGCUCGAGCUCGCCAUGGCACGCGUUUACAUCUUUGAGACGCGCGACACCAUUGAGCUUGCCGCCGGCCUUGCUGGCUUGCCUAGCUACGCUGAGCGGGAGCGACCGAAUGAGGAGAUCGCAAUGAUCAUCGUCGAUUCGAUCUCGUCAUGCUAUUGGCAAGAUCGAUACACCAACGAAUGUGCUUCUCGAGCUUCGCGAGAAUCUCGCAGCGAGACGGGACCAGCCACAGCGCGGCGUCCGCUCAAGGCAGAAGCGCGUGCGUUCUCCCAAGCUCUCAGAUACCUCGCGGCCGCACGUACGCGUCUCGGCGCAGUCGUCGUGCUCACCAAUGCUUCUCUGGGCGUCUACGAGCCACCACGUGAUCAGAUCGAGCCAAUGCCCGCUCCCACCGACUUCUACAGACAGCAUUUGCCGCCGCCUUAUCCGAACCCGUUCGUACGAGACGAGCAGAGGCCGGCUUUCGAUCCCGGACAGCCUUAUGCGACUAGCAACUUGCUCGAACUUACUUGCCACAUCAGCCUUCAUCUGCCCACCGUUGAUCCUGUCCCUGACGGCUUAAGCCUGCAAAAGGCCCAUGUCGAUACUCUGAGGCCCAGAUCGCUUCGACUUGCGCAACACAUUGGGAUCUUGAGGAUCCCCCAUGUCGAGCAUGGCCGCCAAAUCGGUCGCUUCAGGUUCGGUGUCCGUCCGCAUGCUACCGUGUCACUCUCCACCCGGUCCUCACCCAGUCCGCCUCCUCGCGAUGCCACAACGCCGUCCAAGGCGAACGGCAGAGGAGGUGGACAAGCUAGCACUACGCCCAGGCGGCGGACGGACUCGAUGAAGCGAAGUCUCAAGAUCACGCCUGUAGAGAGUCUGCCUAGCAGCCGGCUAACUCGUAGCGCCUCCAAGCGAGCUCAGACGGUCAAUCAGAUUUCAGAGAGCUUGCUCGAGUCGCCGUCCAACCGCAGGGGCCGCUACUUUGGCUCAAACUCAGAGGCCGGUGACCGGGAGCUCUCCUCGCAGCAGGAUGAGGAGAGCGACGCCAGCCUAGGCGACGAGGACGAUGAUCUGUCCCAUGAGGGCGAGCCCAUGGCUGCUGGCGAAGCGUCCAGAGCAGGCGAAGUAUUGAAAAAGCGCCAGCUCAAGUCCACCAACGGCGUGCCUCAUUUCGGUGCGGCUGCGUGGGAUCAGCUCAACAAGAGAGUCUCUCAGCUGCCGUCGGCUCAUCUGCCUGUUGCCUUCGAGCAUGGCUGGAUGUCCUCUGAGCAGCCCAAGAACGUCGCAAAUGGCUUCCUCUCUGUCAAUGCGCUGCUGCCCCGUCGGAGAGGCUCGAAUCAGGCCAGCUCGGAUACGGGCACCGCAUACAGCGAUACUGCCUCGGCAAAGAGCAGCAUGACGGAUGGCGCCCGAAAAGGCAAAGGCUGGCGCAUACCCGUUCGCUGGCCUCUCGUGCCGGAAGUGUGCGUGCUUGCUCUUGUCUUUGCUCUUGUGCUCCGGCAAGCCAAUGCCAGCGCGCUCAGCGCCCCCCUUGCCGUGCCGGUCUCGUUUGGACCAAUCAUCCUGCUGGUCGCAAUCGUUCCCUUCAUCGCCAUCUUGCGCCGGACCGCCCCUGUGACAUACCUGAUGGUGCCCUUCACUGACGAGCGAGGCUACCGAGAUGCAAGCGCUGCGGAUGAUGGCUUUGCAGUUGGCGCCCUCUUGCCGCCUAUGGUCGCAACGGCUGUGUUCGCGGACGCAUGCUAUCGCGGCGAGACACCGCUGCGUAAUAUUCGCGCCCUCGUCGACCAGUGGAGUGUCGCAGGCACUCAGAACGUCACUGUGACCAGCGCAAGUGAACUGCACGAAUUGCAACUGCAAGCCAGAGCCGCGCUCAUGCUAAUGAUCACCAUCAAUUCGUACAUACUCGUCUUACAUGUCUUCCUCGCAAGAACGAUUCUCAAGGUCAGCCUGCUGCCUCGGAACAAUACCAAGCGGUUCUUUGGCGCAGUCGUUGUUUCUGCCGGCGUUGGCGCACUCAUCAGUCUCGCUCUUGUGGUAGCGAGACGCUCUGGUCAUGGAUUGAUGUACAACUCACCGACAGAGACGUUUUUUUGCGCGUUUCUCUACCAGAUGUCACUCUAUACGAUAUCUCGGCUGGCAAGGCGUGGUUUCACCCUUGGCGAGCUUUCCAUCGUUUCUAGUUCUGGCGUCUCGCUAUGCCUUGAGUUCUGGCGACUGAGUGUGGCCAGAUGGCACUUCCUCGAUCGACCAAGCAUACCUGCAACUUUCCGAGAUCCGACCGCCAUCACUGCAUUCCAACACGUGCUCAUCCCUGGCGCAUUCCUCAGCGGCUUUAUCCUCUCGCCGUUGCUCAUCAUGUCGCGCCAUGUGGCUCAAAAGCCAGCUCACCGUCUGAAGUGGCCAGAAAGGCGUGAGCGAAGUCGCAGAUUGCUAGCACUUGCUGUCUUUGGAUGCUUGAUCCUCAUCGUCCUCGGUCCGCUCGCCGGCUGGACAGGCUGGGUUUUCGGUGGCGGAAUCACGUACGCGUGGGAGUGGGCAUUGCGAUAUACCAUCUUUGGCGGCGAUGGCAUCAAGGGUAUGCAUGCCGGCGAGAUCACGGGCUGGCGAAGAUGGCGACGCCUCGUACUCGUAUUCUACUGGCUUGCUGUGAUCACCGCCGCCAUCGGCGGGUGGCAGACCCGUCUUGUCCGAGCUCGGAAGGUGACAAUGGGCCGGAUGGGCUCGGCUGACGGCAAGGCGAGCAGCAAGAGCAACGUUGAGUCUGCGCGUGAAGAACGGCGCAUUCAUGUCAGCCUCGACUUGCGACGCAAGUUUUUUCACGCGCUGGCCGUCCUGCUGUUCGUGCCUGCGAUCGCCCUUGACACGUCAUUCACAUCCCUGGCAUUUUCGUUUGCAUUCGCAGUGUUCACUUUUGCCGAAUAUGCUCGCUACUUUGCGCUUUACCCGAUUGGUGCACCAAUCCACGUCUUCUUCAAUGAGUUUAUUGACAGUAAAGAUUCCGGCCCUGUCGUCGUCAGCCAUUUCUACCUACUCACUGGCUGUGCAUCAGGUGUCUGGCUGGACACUGUCGGGAUCAAGCUGUUCACGGGCGUCCUCGUACUCGGGGUUGGUGACGCGCUUGCUUCGAUCAUCGGUAGACGUGUUGGCACGGUCAGGUGGCCUGGUUCGAGCAAAACUCUGAUCGGCUCAUUCGCAUUCGUCGCUUCGACCGUUUCCGCUGCCGAGUUGCUCAAGCUCAUCGGACUUUCGCCACCGUUUUCCACGCUCAAGUAUCUGCUCGCAACCUGCUUGACUGCAUUGUUCGAAGCAACAUCUAGCCAGAACGACAACCUGACCUGUCCUAUCCUCAUGUGGUCUGCCUUGGCGGCCUUGCAACUCUAG